CCUGUGUCAGCGCAGAAGAAUUUCUUGAAUGAAAAGUUUUCUCGCUCUCUUCGAUCGACGUAGAGGUACUGCAGCAAAAAAAAAAUAUUCGCAAAUACAAAAAAGAUUUGAAAAUUCCUUUACUUCUCCUCUAAAUCUUAAAUAAGUGAUAAAAUUUGUUGAAAAUCAUAAUCAAUUCAAGAAGAAUACCAACAAUUAAGUGCAAUUUGAAUAACAUUUAAAAGAAACAAGUUUUUCUCGCAUCCAUCAAAUCCAGCAAAAUGAUGGCCACAAAGAAAAUCGAGGAAGGUCAGGAGCUGAUGCGACAAGCUGAAAAAAGUUUGAAAACAACUUUAUUGAAAUGGAGACCUGACUACGACGUCGCUGCCGAUGAAUACAGCAAAGCAGCAACUUGUUUCCGUAUUGCAAAAUCAUUCGAUCAGAGCAAGGAGUGCUUUUUAAAAGCCAUUGAAUGUCACAAAAAUAAUCGUUCUUGGUUCCACGCAGCCAAAUGUUAUGAACAGAUCAUUAUUGUUUUGAAGGAAACAAAUAAUCUUUUAGAAAUUGAACCUAAUGCAAACAAAGCAUGUAAUUUAUAUCAGCAACAUGGUUCACCGGAAGCUGGUGCUUCGGCUUUGGAUAAGGCAGCUAAAAUUCUAGAAAAUCCACAUCCAGAAAUUGCCCUACGAUUAUAUCAACAUGCAAUGGAAGUUGUUUUGAAUGAGGACUCAACUCGACAAGCAGCUGAAUUUGCCACAAAAGUAUCACGAUUAUUAGUUAAACUUGGAAUGCACGAUCAAGCAGCUGAUGCUAUUCGACGUGAAAUCAGCUUAAAUCAAGUAACUGAAUCAUAUUCACAAAUUGGAAGGCUUGCUGUUGGCCUGGUUUUGGUUCAAUUGGCCCGCGGUGAUUUUGUUGCUGCCGAAAAGGCAUUCAAAGAAUGGGGAAAUUGUUGUGAUCCUCAAGAAGUUCAAACUUUGGAAAUGCUUUUGCAAGCAUUUGAUGAUGAAGAUCCAGAACAAGCCAAACGAGCAUUAUCAUCACCCUUCAUUAGGCACAUGGAUGUGGAAUAUUCCAUAUUGGCCCGCGAUUUACCUCUACCUAAAGGAAUUGCAACAGCACCAAAGGCGUCGGUUAUAGAAAAUGCAACAGCGUCGUAUAAAUCACCAAAUGCUGGGUCAUCCCCAUCAGCUGCGCAACCUCCAUCCGCCGAUGCAGCCGAAGAAGAAGAAGAGGAAGAAGGAGGUUUAUGUUAGUUUCUUAAAUUAGUAAUUGUUUUCCUUUUAUAAAUUCCUACAUACCUACUGCUCUUUAUUGUAAAACAAAAACAAAAAAAUAUGCACUUAAUUAUUUUAAAAUUUAUAUAAAAAAAAUUAAUAUA